UUUGCCAACCAACCAACCCACGCACCCACUCAUCAAAUGACUUUACCAACCACCAAUAACUAAUCAACACACUCGCCUCAUUCAACAAAUGGAAAACAAGAUAAGCACUACUACUACUAUUUAUCAACCAACAAACGCAUUACAACACUACAACUCACCAUCAGGAAGAAUAUAAAAGCUGGAGAAUUGGACCAGAGUAAACUAAGGAAGGUGAGAAUAUGUUCAACUCAAUUUACAUUUACAUAUCCAUGAUAACGCUGCUGGUGUUUGCCACCAUGAACGAGGGUGAAUCGACUAGGUUAGAAGACAUCAAAAAUGCGAUUUCGUAUGCUCGAAACCAAUUACUCCAAAUAGCUCAGAUGGUUAUCAGAAGAGAAGCAGCGAUUAAACAACUGAAAAAUAAGAUUAUUCUUGAAACUGGAGGAAAAGGCAACAGCACCAUUGAGAACUAUAUCAGCUGUUGGAAAACGCAUUAUGAAAACUACUUUGGACACAUAUUAUUCGAAGAGGCCAAAAACGGACCUGAGGAUUAUGGUACCUUCACUGUGAAACAUUCUCUCCGACAAUGUAUGAAGAAAGAGGCCAAUGCUCACACAGCUCAAUGGCGAUCAGUAUCAGCAGCAGUCGACUGUGAACAUUAUAAACCAUCAGGAAACAAAAAAGAUCUUCAGGAAUUGAAGAGUAAUAUAGAAAUUUCAUACCGCCGCAGAAUGCUCUUUGGUAAUAUUAUGUUGCUCAAGAAAAUUCAUGAAACUCUCGCUGAGAAGUUGACACUAUUCAGUGACUAUCAAUUGGUGGAAAAUCUGAAUUGUAUGCACCGUGUAUUCAAAAAGUACAGAAAUGCCAGUUUAUAUUUGAGCUUAGAGAAAGCUCAACAUUGUGAAUUCUAUGCACAAUCCACAAAUUGUCAUGAAGUGAGGUACAAUCAUUUCGGUAUGGUGAAUAACCCAAUGGCAGAUUUAUGGGGUAGUGCACAGCGUAAUGAAGCCAGAACUGACUUUCUGAUCAACAUGUUGCAUCUCCUGGAAAAUCAAAUUAUGAGUGACGACAAAAAUAUUUACGGUGAUGGUCAUAUUUCAAGUGAUGAAUACGUGGAAGAGGCAUCACGAAAUGAGUCAGCACAACAAGAAAUACUCCGUCAAUUACGUAAUAAUUUUGCAUUAUUAACGGUAGAACGUGUCAGCCCUCGUGGCAGACUAGUUCUCGAAGAAAAUGAAUACCCACUGUCUCGACUAUUAUCUGAUAUUGGUGGGAAUAUGGGAUUGUGGAUUGGUAUAUCUGUGAUUGGUGUAUUCGAAUCUUUCGAACUCAUCGGUUUCAUCAUAUAUGCAUCAAUUAAUUAUUUUAAAAGCUUGAUCAUUAAUUCAUUCAAAUCAUGA